UAGUCGUUGCAAGGGCGGGCACCCGUUAAAUUAAUUUCGUAAUGCAACAUAAUUGUCGGAAUUAAAGUUAAAGUAGGAUUUAGGAUACAUUUAUAUUUUGGAUGAACAAGAGCAACUACAAGUCUUUAUUCAUCGUGAUGUUCGAUCUUAAAGGAGGAUGGAACCUGUCUUUCGCUGGUUGCGGGUUCCUGGGGGUCUAUCACAUCGGAGUGGCCAGCUGUAUUCUGGAGAAAGCACCCCACCUAGUCACAGGAGCCACUAAGAUCUACGGGGCUUCCGCUGGUGCCCUCACCGCGUCUGUGCUCACCAGUCAUGCAUCGAUAUCACAAUGCUGUGAGGAUGUAAUCAAUGUGUCAAAGGAGGCUCGCAAGCGUAACCUGGGCCCCCUUCACCCUUCCUUCAACCUGGUCAAGGGGCUCCGCUUGGGCCUGGAUCGUGACCUGCCCUCUGAUGCGCACAAGCUGUCCUCUGGGAGAUUGUGUGUAUCCCUGACCCGUGUCUCUGACGGGCAGAAUGUCCUGGUGUCCCAGUUCAACUCUAAGGAAGAGCUUGUACAGGCCCUGAUCUGUAGCUGUUUUAUUCCAGUAUACUGUGGUCUGAUUCCCCCAGCUUUCCAGGGAGUGAGGUAUGUGGAUGGAGGGAUUAGUGACAACCUCCCCCAGUCAGAGCUAAAGAACACCAUCACAAUUUCACCAUUCUCGGGCGAAAGCGACAUCUGCCCUUGUGACAGCUCCACCAGUUUCCACGAGCUGCGCUUCACUAACACUAGCAUCCAGAUGAACCUGGGCAACAUGUACCGUCUCAGCAAGGCCCUUUUUCCCCCUGAACCAAAGAUUUUGGCAGAAAUUUGUCAAAGUGGCUACAACGAUGCUCUACGCUUCCUAGAAGACAACAAUUUAAUGAGAGUGGAGUGUCCAACCACCGACCUUUCUCUAACAAAGACUACCCCCCCCUGCUGCUGUAAGCCUACCCUAACGGAGUCUACCAGGGAAUGGCUGCUCCGGAGGCUCCGCUUACUGCGGGAGCGCCACUGGUGGUUGGAUGAGCGGAAUGUCAACAACCUGCCACAUCCUAUCAAGAAGGUAUUCUGUAAGGCAUGUCAAGAGAAGCCCGGUCUCUAUGCCAAGAUGACAGAGCUCCUCCCGGUCAGAGUUGCAUCCUACAUGCUGUUACCAUACACUCUACCUGUAGAGUCAGCCUACUCAGUUGCACAAAGGUUUGUAGAGUGGAUCCCUGAGGUGCCUGCAGAUGUGUGUUGGCUUUGGGGGGUGGCUGCGGAUGUUUACAGGCAGGCCUGGAAGGGAGCCACAGCAGAACCCAACAGUGAGCCCUACAUGAGGAAUUGCCUGAGUUUACCACCCACUUUAGAGCAACACAUGAGCAGAGACCGGCCGCUGUCGCUGUCUUCCCUGGAUCUGUCUUCCCACAGCCAGUACUGGGAAAUCCCUACCUCUUCAUCUACCUCUAGCUCUGGGCCCAGUUUACGCACCAAAAGCCUCACCCCACAACAGAUUAGCUUUUUUGUUGGUUCAGAAGAAGAGCCUGAAAGUCCCAUGCACCCAUGACUUUUGCUGGAAUGUCAAGCUCUUGCCCCCACUCAAAAAAGAGUGUGUGAAAAGGAUGAAUGACAGUCAGAUCAUGCAACCAAUUAACAGCAAGAACCAGAACUGUUGCUAUGGACGAGGUAAUCGUCUUGACUUUGCUAGGCUACUAGAAAACAGUAUUGUGCCUCACACAAAACCAAAUAUGUGUUUCUCUUUAACACUUGUCGAACGCCCCUAAAGGAGCCUUCGUUUUGAUGGACUUUGGAGAAACAAUUUUGAGAAAAAAAAAAAAAGAAUAAUGCUUAUUAAUGAAAAAGUGUGCAUUUGGCAAAUGUGUUUGACUUUGUGCAUACGUAUAUCAAAGUUGUGCAUUAAAAAGUUGUAGAUGCUUGCAUACAUAUAUAAAGGUUUUGCAUUUUUCCGUGCAUACAUAUACCAAGUUUGGUGUUUUCAAGAGAAUACGCAUACGCAUGUGUUUUAUUAGAAAGAAUGUGCAUUGGCAAAUGUUUUUUAAGAAAGUGCUUGCAUAAUGUUUUAAAGAAUGUUAAGAAAUAGCUUGCAAAUGUUUUAGAACCUUUUUUACCUUUUUUGAAUUUUAAAUACUUUGUAGAUGUGCAUCUUAAAAUGGAUAUGUAGAAUUGCUAAUGUGUAGAAGUUUAAGGCAGAAUGUUUCAGUAUGACAGAUGCAGAGGAUGUGGUUAGGAAAUGCUUGAGAUGCUGGAGAAUACAGGAAACGUGUGUAAUAGACAGAUACCUGCGUCAUGUAUGGCCCAAAGUCUAGACAGGGCCAUCCCGUAUUGAAAGAUAUAAGAAUGAAAGUUGGGGGUGAAAAGAGAGAGCUCUCUGUACUUCUUGAGUCGUGAGUCGAGCAGUCGAGGUUUUUUUCCUGAGCCUGUUUUUUGUUGAGUGUCCACCUGUGCCUGAUUUAGCAAAGAGCUUCUUUUGUCAGUUGUACUGACCAUCUGUUACUUGCUGUUUUACUAGUGACCCAGGGUCCGCGUUUUCUUAUUUUCUUUGUCGGCCUUAGUAAAGGAGGUUAGCUUCCUUUUUUAUUUUAUUUUUACACUUUUGUUUCUGUUCCAAUAA